AACACCGGCGAUUCUUCAGAUUCUCACUCGAUCAAAAUUCACGCAUUUCAACCCUAAUUUGCUUUCCAUUCUCAAAUCCUACACCCCCGAUCGAUCCGUGUAAUUUCUCACCGAAAUCCCUAGAUAUGUAUUUCCCCCAAUUCUGAAUGGAAACCCUAACCCUAGCCCCAAUCUGUACACUCCGAUCUUCCAAACCUGCCUUUCUGCAAAUCCAUUUCACUCUCUUCUUUUCCGGAGGCUGAUCAAUCAAAUGCCCUAAAUCCUCUUUCCUUUGAUCAUCUACAGUGUUUGUAUUUGUGAGCUCUCUUUAUAUAUUUUCCCCCCUUUCCGCGUAUAUUAUUUUUCAAUUGGGUUAUAUAAGUUUCGGGGAAAAUAUUUACUGAAGAUAGUAAAGUGAUAGUGAACCUGUAUUUUAGCAGUAUAUAAGUAUAUAUAGUAUAUACAGACAUAUACUUCUGGAUUGUAAUUUUUUUUUAAUAGAGGGAGAGUGCGUGUGUGAGUGUGGUGGGAAAAGAUGGGAAGCUCGGAAACGGAACAAGGAAUGGUUGAUUGUGGAGUUGGGAGUAUUGUUUGGGUCCGGAGGCGAAAUGGGUCAUGGUGGCCGGGUAAAAUUCUGGGGCCUGAUGAGCUUUCUGCUUCUCAUGUGAUGUCUCCGCGAUCAGGAACUCCAGUCAAGCUUCUUGGGAGGGAAGAUGCCAGUGUGGAUUGGUAUAAUUUGGAGAAGUCAAAGCGUGUGAAGGCGUUUAGAUGUGGUGAGUUUGAUGAUUGUAUUGAGCGGGCUGAAGCUUCUCUAGGUAUGCCUCCAAAGAAAAGGGAGAAAUAUGCACGUCGUGAAGAUGCCAUACUUCAUGCUCUUGAGCUUGAGAGGGAACUAGUUGGUAAAAAAUAUGGGAAAAUAAGUUAUUCAUCGAACAAUAAGAUUGAUAAAUCAUCUGAUAACACUGUGACAAGAGAGGCAGUGGCAUCAUCAAAACAGUCUGAAAAUCAAAAUGGAGAGGAGUUUCACCUGAAAUCCCAACAAGCUUUUGAGAGAGAUGGUCUCUCCCUCAAGGAUGAUAGUAGAGUUGGCAUUUUGUGUGUAGAUAGAACCCAAAAGGGGACCCAGCUAAGCAGGGACAAUGAUAAUUCCAGUGUACCUUCUAGGAUGAGAGAUUUGCAGGAUUUUGGUCUUAGCUCAGCCCCUGCAGAGGAUGGGCUUCCUGUUUCUACAAGUGGUGCCUCCAAACCUCUCCCAGAUAGCAAUAUUCUUCUUGGUGGGAGUCCUAAAGCAGAAGUCAAUGUAGAUAGAGAGAGUUUGUUAGCUGAGGAAACUCCUGCCAAGAGGCAUGAUAAGCGCCGUCCCCUUGUUCAAGUAUUGCAGACUAGUGAAAAGUUCCCAGUUUCUUACCUUCAACAAGAUGAGAGUUCUGAUUUUAUGUCUGUUUUAGGAGAUGAGCCGCUGGGAGGAGGCCAUGCAAAAAAAGCAAGGUAUACUUACUUGUCAACUGAAUCUGGAGAUCAUUUUAGUGGUAAGAUUGAUCUCCCCUCUCAGAUUGAGAUAUCAACUCCAAAGUUGGAAGGAAAUGCUGGUCCUCAGCCUGCUGGUUCAUGUGAAGCAAACCCUUCUGUAUCUACAGAAUAUACUGAAACUGAUUCUCCUGAGAGUGACUCUCAAGAAUCAGAUACUGAUGAUAAUAUGGCUACACUUUCAGAAGGUGCUGCAUCUAUAGAAUUACAACCUAAAUAUUUGGGAAGAUCUGAAGCACCAGCUGAGCAUGGAAGCACAAGUAGUGAAGAGCUUGAUGACUUGUCAGGAGCUGAUUCACAUCCUUUUCUUAAUGACACUGUCUCUGCUGGUGUUGGGGUCUCAAAAUGGCAACUUAAAGGGAAAAGGAAUAAUCGGAAUCUUGUUAAGAGGUCUCUGGAUGCAUUUGAGGCAAAUCAUUUUAGAACAGCCAGUUACAUGAUUGUCCCUCCAGAUAAGGGUAGUGGUGGUAGUGAAGCUACUCCAUUCAUAAAAUCAACGGUACCAAUGGCUGGCUAUGGGUCUAGAGUUGUAGGCAAUGCCAGCCGGAGUAUUGUCAGGGGGGACUUGCCUACAAUUGACCGGCAUGUAACUAAAGGAUACUGGGGUGACUCUGGUGAGAACCUUGAUACUAUGUGUAAUUAUCAUCAUCUUGGUGGCCAGACAAUGUUAGUAGAUGUGGAGUUGAAAGUCCAAGCAAGCUACCAUAGGCAGCGAGUGCCUAUGAUUUCAUUAAUGAGUAAGAUAAAUGGACAGGCAAUAGUAGGGCAUCCCAUCCAAAUUGAAGCUCUAGAAGAUGGUGCCUCACAAAACCUCUUGGGUGCACUUGAUGUUUUUCCAGAAACAUUGAGUAAUGACACCUCCCUCCAACCUGUGUGGAGGACUGCUCGAAGGACAGCUGGUGUUCGAGUUCCACGACCAAAUAUAUCAUCAGGAUUGGAUGGAACUGAAAGUAGCAAGCAUCCCCUAGCUGCUGAGGGAGACCGAAAUGUUCGCAGAGCCAGUUCAGAUGGUUUUGGUCAAAAGCCAAGCACGAUGAGGAAGAACACUUCCCGCCCUCCAGUGGUGAAGACUUUCUCUAGAAAGACACCAAAGAGAAUCAGUUUGUCUUCUAAUCAGAAGAUAAGAACUCUUUCAUCAAUUUCAUCACAACAGAAGCAGAGCGGUGAUCUGAAACGUAGCUCCAACAUAUUUCAAGUGGAUGGGAUAAUGAAACAAGAUACUGUGCCCACAGUCAUAGCUUGCAUCCCAGUGAAGCUAGUAUUCAGUAGGUUAAACGAGGAGUUGGUGGGUCGGCCAAAAUAAGAGGACCAUUGGUGCUGAAACAAGGCAAUAAGAUAUAAUAAUCAGUAAAUUGUAACUUGUAAUCAAUGAGCAAUAAUCUUUAUAACUGAUAAUGCACCACCCAUCUAUUGCUAGGGUCUUUUUUUAAUCCAGGCAGUGUGGUCCAGAAUCUGUGUUAUCCCUUGUGAACAGCAUGAAAGAUGGCAGGUUGCUAGGUCUGAAGAACAUAUACAGAAUCUUUGCAUGGGAAUCUCACUUGUACAUUGGUUUAUAGUUUCGAUGUUGUGUUAGCACCCAAAAAAAAAGCAUUUAUGCACAAAAGAGAUAGUGUUUAAAGAAAUAGGAUAUGAUAUGGAUGUAAAUUGUAUUUCAGAUCAAUCCAUUUUGUAGACAGCUGUUUCUUGACCUUCAUCUCAAGGCAAUAUUGUAUCACUCUUUCUGCUGAAGACUGUUUUACCUAAA